GUCCACAGGAUUUAUAUUGGAUGGAUUCCCUCGUACUUCAGAUGAAGCCCAGUAUUUGUCAGAACAAGGACUUUGUCCUGAUGUUGCAGUUUAUAUUAAAAUAGAAGAGAGUGAUGUUCUUGACCGUCUUUUUCCUCCAUGUCUGCAGAAAUGGAAAGAAAGACAGCAUAAAAAAAUGGAAAACAGAAAGAAACUGAAAGACCUGAAAGCAAAAAUAAGGGAUAAGAAGAUUGCUAGAAGAAGGGAAGAACUUUUAGCAGAACAAAAACAAAAGAAAGAGGAGACUUUAGCAAAUAAGGAGCAUUAUGAAGCCACAGAGGAAACUGAAGAUAUUGAAGCUAUACUUGAAGGAGAGUUUUUAGAAGAAGAAGAAGAAGAAGAAGAGGCUGAAGAAGAACUGGAGAUUGAUGCUGUUGACCGCAUACAAAAUGAAAUUACAGAAAAGUUUUAUUCCGACAUGGAUGGUUUACAAGGUGUACAGGAGGAACUUGAAAAAUGGUUAAUACCACUAAUCGAGAUCGAUGGAGGACAGAAGCCUCACAUUGUACGCUACCAAAUAUACAGCAAGCUGAAUUCUCUAAUGGAAAAUCGUGGAAGCAUUUUCGAGAAAUGCUACCCAAUAAGUUUACCCCUUGCACAGAAGAUGCUAGCUUUCUCAUAUAAAUUUCCAAGUUCUUUUGGUCAAUGGGAUCCAGUUAAGCUAAGUGAAGGAGAUGUAAUGAAGCCACCACAAAGCUAUGGAAACAAACUCUUUCCUGUAAUACAUCGACAAUAUAUUUAUUUCUUUUCAAGUAAAGAAAAUAGAGAAACAUUUAUGAAAAAUCCCAUCAAAUAUAUUUGUCAGCCAAAACCUAAACCAGCUGUGCCAGUUAAGAUUGCAAUCGUGGGACCUCCAAAGUCUGGAAAGACUACAGUUGCCAAGAAAUUUGCAAGUGUAUAUGGGUUAUUGCGUCUGAGUAUAGGAGAUGCCAUGCGGCUUGUGUUAAACAAUCAGCCUGAGAGUCAGCUGGCACUUACGUUAAACCAGCACCUUCACAAAGGACUGACCGUACCUGAUGCACUGGCCAUCCAGGCUCUAGAUGUGGCUCUGAUGAACUACGUGUGUAAUACUACUGGAGUUGUAAUUGAUGGAUAUCCUGUAACAACAAACCAAGUAAACCUGUUGGAAUCAGCUAGGAUAAUUCCAAUGAAGAUCUUUGAAUUAGAAAUGGAUACAAAGGAAGUGUUCAGAAGAGCACUGCUGGAUAAGGAAAGCGUGAAUAGGCCUCCCUACCCUGAGCAUGACAGCUCACAGAUCCUAGCUAUUAAAAAAUCCUGCUAUGAACAGCACAUUAAUGCAAUCAGGACUUACUAUAAGAAGGAGCAUCAGAACUGGUGUGUGAUUGAUGCUUCUCAUAGCAAGUGGUGGAUCUGGAACAAAGUACUGCAGGAAGUUCAAGUGGUUAUUAAAGAAAUCCAGAUAUACCUGGAAAGAAUAAGAGAAGGCAAAGCAGCCAGCAUUGCUGAAUUAUGUAUCGCUCCUGAAGAGCUGCAGCACCGGCUGGGGGAGUUUGGACAGUACUGUCCCGUCAGCCUUGCAGAAAAGGGUGAACUGGUCGACUGCUCUGUAACAACAUCAUUGCAGUUUGCUGCAGAAUUUCGAGGGCACUAUUACAAAAUGGCUUCACAGGAAGAACUGGACAAAUUCUUGAGCAGACCAGAGGUUUAUGUGUCACCACUGGCACCUCACCCUCUCCCACCCUCAGAUAUGCUACCAAAGAAACUGACUGCAGCAGAAGUGAAGGCCUCAUUCCCUGCAAGUGCUCAAAUGCACGGAUGCUGUCCAGUCACUUACCUGGAUGGAAAACAGAGAUACGAAGCUUUGGUGCCUGGCAACAUUGAGUACUCAGCAAAAUAUAAAGAGAAGAUAUAUGUUUUUGAAAGUGAAGAAAAACUUCUGAAGUUUAUGAGGUUACCAGAGAAGUACUGGAAUCUGAAACUUCCACGUAAACUCCCUCCAGUAAAGGAGCCAAUACUACUCACUGCACUUCCUUUGACUGGAUACCUUGAACAGGGAGUAGCAACUUCUCUAAUAAAAGCUCUUAAUGAAGUAGGCUGCUUAAAGCCGAAGUUUCCAUUCCUAAGUGUAAAAAAAACUGCUCUGCUGUUUGUCGCCUGCCAUUUAAAAG